UGAAACUAAUGCUAGAAAUUAUCGAUAACAUAAGUUUAGAGUAAAAUUAACCUAUACCGAAUUUUAGUACGUUGUUCCAUAAUAUAACAAAUAGCGUUUAAGUGAUAGGUAAGUGUGUUAUUUUUUAUUAUAUAAGGAAAGUAAGCAUUCGAAGUGAGCCGGUGGACUCAGGUCUGGUACGAUGCUGGAAGGCUACAGCCCUGUGACCCAGGCCCUGCUGGGGACUCUGUUCACCUGGGGUCUAACUGCAGCCGGAGCCGCCCUGGUGUUUGUUUUCUCUAACCGACAGAAGCGCAUCCUGGAUGGAAGUUUAGGCUUUGCGGCUGGGGUAAUGUUGGCUGCUUCAUACUGGUCAUUACUUGCACCAGCAAUCGGAAUGGCAGAGGAUUCUGGGAAGUACGGCUCAUUUGCUUUUGUGCCUGUGGCUGUGGGAUUCACACUUGGGGCGGCCUUUGUUUACAUUGCUGACCUGGCCAUGCCCCUGCUGGGUGUAGGUUCUGACCCUCACACUGCCUUGGCCCUGCACCCUGACUCCAAGCUGGCCAAAGAAGAGGGCCCCUCCUUCCAGCCGUUGAGUUCUGACGAGAUGACCAUCAAGAUAGGUAGAGCGAGACUUCUCUCAGAUAAAAUAGAAAAUGGUGAGGUGUACCAGAGAAGGAGAGGAACUCAUCUGGGCAGCUCAGAUGGACAGGAAACAGCCAAGAAGCAACAGGAUGUGGUUGGACAGACAGGAAGCAGCUGGCGGCGAAUUCUUCUCCUCAUCCUCGCUAUCACCAUCCACAACAUCCCAGAGGGCUUGGCUGUGGGAGUUGGAUUCGGAGCCAUCGGGAAGACUUCAUCUGCUACUUUUGAGAGCGCCAGGAAUUUGGCCAUCGGUAUCGGCAUCCAGAAUUUCCCAGAAGGUUUGGCAGUGAGCUUGCCACUCCGGGGGGCGGGGGUGUCAACGUGGAGAGCCUUCUGGUACGGCCAGUUAAGCGGGAUGGUGGAGCCUCUUGCUGGGAUGCUGGGUGCAGUCGCUGUGGUAUUGGCAGAACCGCUGUUGCCCUAUGCGUUGGCGUUUGCUGCCGGCGCGAUGGUCUACGUGGUGGUAGAUGACAUCAUACCCGAGGCUCAAGUCAGUGGAAACGGGAAGCUGGCAUCCUGGACCUCCAUCCUGGGCUUCGUAGUGAUGAUGUCACUAGAUGUGGGUUUGAGCUGAGGUCGCCAUGAUGACCAACUCCACAUCAACAGAACACUCGGUGACCAUGACGUCAUCCUGGUCAUGCUGACCUCCGUUUUAAAAAGAGGACCAAAUGAAACACUUUGUUGAUGUCAUUUUAUUUUUGCAACUUGAAAUUCAUUAAUUCAGUAACAGGAACUGUUUUUUAAAACACGCUGUCUGUACUUGAACAAUUGUCUUUAAGUUUUAUUUCUAUGUUAGCAGUCAUGAGAGCAGCUGACACUUUGCUCGAAUGGCAGAAAUCUGAUUUAGGGACAAAUGUAUACAGGUUUGAUGCCUAUACUCCUGACUGUUUGUGGGUGUUUGUUGGGAGGAUGCAGCUUGUUGUGUUUUUGUUUUAUGGAAACAUUAUUUUAAACCAAAAAAGUUAAAUGAAUGCCCUGUCCUCAUGUUUACUUCUUCCAGUUUUGGUUUUUGCUCAUGAUGACAUUACUUGAAGUGUGGUGUUUGAUUUUGUAAUUUAUGGGAUUGAUUAGAAUGAUUGGAUUUUGCUUUCUCCUCUUUGACCCCUGUUCUAUCCUGGUCUGCACAACAGCAGAGCUCAAUGUGAUCACGGUGUACUGAAAUAUGAAAAAUGUUCAAAUGUGACUUUUUUCAAACUGCAUGCUCUUCAUCUGUCCAUUGUUUGGUUUUACUUCAUUCUGACUUUUCUGAGGAUCAGUUGCAGACAUCAUUCCUGUUGUGUAACUAACUCAGGAUCAGUUGAUCCUAUCUUCUGGUGCCUUCUUCUUGUUUGGGCACCGUCUCCUGCCAUCUACAGGUCAGUCUGAUGAAUCGCAUGUUGUGAUCUAUGUGUAAUUAUUUAAAUGCUGAGGUUGAUGGUGAAUUAAAUGUUAAGUAUUUAUGUAAUUAAACAACCAAGUGAUUCUCAGUUUUCUUCAAGCUAUGGUUUUUAAGGCAUUCAGUAUGUUUUAUCCAUUUGGCCUCUCUCUGGAGACCUAACACUUACAAAACAUGCUUUUUUAUGAAAAUGCCACUGACCUAACAGACCCUGAAAAAUCUCAACAUAAUAAUACUUAUUUAAGUCAUUUUGUUUUUUUCCUUCUCUGAUUUAUGGAUGCAGCUUUGUGCUGGUGCGUAAAAAGCUUUAAAGAAACCGUCCUGAACUUACUUUUGAAUUAAAAACAUGUUAUCAAAUGUAGAUCUAAAAAGCUUUGUAUAAAGCAAGA